AUGGCCUCAAUCGUCGGCGAAAACAAUGCUCAAUGGCGCACUUACGUGCACUAUCAUCACGACAACAGCAUUCACGAACUCAUCUUGCCAAACGUAAACUCGCUCAACUACACGGACAACAUUUUGUCUUUCGGACCGACCCCUUGCCACACCUCCCCUGUCGCAGCUGUUGGAUGGGGCGACCUCUCUGAUGCAAGUAUACGCGUGUACUAUUUUACAAACGAGUCCACGGUGCAAGAGCUGGUGUGGUCUAUUAGCGGCGGGUGGAGUGUUGGAAUGAAUCUGGGCGAUACAAUAACGAACGGCAUCAGUCUGUAUGCGCAAGUGCGCGCAACCGGGACCGAUCUGGCUGAGCUCAGGGUUGGGUAUCAGUCCCCAUCCGAUCCGGAGACUAUCACCGAGUCAUACUAUAUUCCCACUGAGGAGAAGUGGGGAACACGCACCUAUCCGAGUGAGAUGGACUAG